AUGACAGCAAAGAACCCAAGUGAGAAAGAGAUGGCAACAGAAAAAAAAGAAGAAAGAAUAAAGGCAGCAGAGGGCAAGACACAUUCCUACUCAACGAGUGGAGCUACUGGACAACCAAGUGGUGCACAUCAAAUGUCAGCAUUGCCAGGGCAUGGUAGUGGACAACCAACAGGAGGAAGUGUGGUAGAAGGUGUGGUGCCUUCACACCCUAUUGGAAAGGCAACUGGAACUCAUAAUACACAUGUUGGUUCAUAA